AUGUCCGGUAUCAUUGCCGUCUACUCCCUCGUCAUCUCUGUCCUCAUCGCCCAAGACUUGACCCCGCCCGGCGCCGGAAGCAACUACAGCUUGUUCAACGGCUUUAUGCAUCUCGCUUGCGGUCUGUCCGUUGGCCUUACUGGCCUCGCGGCCGGCUACACGAUCGGUAUCGUUGGUGACAAGGGUGUGCGCUCGUACAUGGAGCAAUCGCGCAUCUUUGUCGGCAUGGUCCUGAUCCUCAUUUUCGGCGAAGUUUUGGGUCUUUACGGGUAUGGUACUCAUGUCGGUCUUUGUUAUCCGUCUGCUGACCAAUAUCCCAGUCUCAUUGUUGCCCUUAUUCUGAACACCAAGUCCAAGGGUUAA